GCUCGGCGUUCAGACUCGCAGGCACCCAGAUGACCCACCACCAGCGGAACUGCACGAACCAGACGACCCGGCCCGGCUCCUGGCUCCCCUAGCGAAGGCAGAGCCCUGAGAGCCUGCUGCUGGACUACCGCAUUGUUAUUUUACUAACAGGGCGAAGAAGCGGGGAUGAUGCUGAGGAUGCGCCCGCGAUGGUGGACUUCUCUUUUGUGCGUGUGUGGAUUAAUGCACGUCGCUCAUCAGAGCAGCCCCGAAGCCCUAAAUGGAGACGCCUUGUCGAGCCUGCAGGCUCUCCGUGACGCGGGCAGGUUCGUGGGGAGGGAGGACACGGUGCCUCUCCGCCUGCUCUACAGCAGGGAAGACCGUACACAGAUCACCCAGGAUGAGCUCAGCACCAGGGUGAAGGCCAGCCCUGCCUCCACGCAGGUGGACCAUGUGGCUCAAGCAAGCUUUCAGGUGGAUGCUUUUGGAAGAAAAUUCAUUCUGGAUGUGGAAUUGAAUCGUGAUCUUCUGUCUUCGGGGUACGAGGAGAGGCAUUUGACUGAAAAUGGGAAGAUAGUCGUCACCAGUGGAGGGGAGCACUGCUACUACCAGGGGAAGGUCAGAGACGUCCCUGACUCCUUUGUGGCUCUCUCAACGUGUCAUGGACUGCAUGGGAUGUUUUUUGAUGGCAAUCACACCUACAUGAUUGAGCCUGGAGGACAGGACAGCCACAGUGAAGACGCUCGCAUUCACAUGAUAUACAAAUCUUUUGGACGAGAGGGACUGAGGAAUCUCUUUGGUGGCGAUUUACCAGAGCCUCCGUUCCCCAGCCCCCCUUUUCCUGGAUCAAAAGUUGUUCACUGGAGAAAAAAGAGACAAGUGCCAAGAUGGUCACGAAGUGUUGAAGACGAGACCAAAUUCAUUGAGUUGAUGGUGAUCAACGAUCACAUAAUGUACAAGAAGCAUCGUCUUUCCGUCGGGCACACAAAUAACAACGCUAAGACAGUGGUCAAUAUGGCUGACAUGAUUUUCAGGGAGCAGCUUAACACCCGGAUUGUGCUCGUCGCCAUGGAAACCUGGUCGGUGGACAACAAGUUCAACAUCGACAACGACCCCAUGAUGACCCUCAAAGAGUUUAUGAAGUACAGAAAAGACUUCAUCAAGGAGAAAUGCGACUCCGUUCACCUCUUCUCAGGGAACCGCUUUCAUAGCAGCUGGGGUGGAGCGUCGUACAUGGGGGGAGUUUGCUCUCUUACUAAAGGCGGGGGUGUCAACGAGUACGGAAAAACAAAUGAGAUGGCGAUAACCCUGGCUCAGUCUCUUGGUCAGAAUAUUGGUAUUUUUUCUGACAAGAAGAGGAUCAUCAAUGGUGAAUGUAAAUGUGAUGAUCAGUGGGCAGGCUGCAUCAUGGAUGAUGUUGGUUUCUACCUGCCUAAGAAGUUCUCUGACUGCAACGUGGAGGAAUAUCACAACUUUCUGAACAGUGGAGGAGGAUCCUGCCUGUACAACAAACCUCUGAAGCUGCUGGACCCUUCAGAAUGUGGCAACGGCUUCGUGGAGCCCGGAGAGGAGUGUGACUGUGGCAGUCCAGCUGAAUGUGCCAAAGAAGGAGAGAACUGCUGCAAGAACUGCACUCUGACCAAAGGCUCCAAUUGUAGCAACGGACUCUGCUGCAAUAACUGCCAGAUGGAGCUCAUGGGAGUUGUGUGCAGAGAUGCAGUGAAUGACUGUGACAUCCCAGAAAACUGCUUGGGCAAUUCCAGCCAGUGUCCACCGAAUGUGCACAAGAUGGACGGUUACACAUGUGAAAAAGACCAAGGUCGCUGCUUCAACGGAAGGUGCAAAACCAAAGACCGACAGUGCAAAUACAUUUGGGGGGAGAAGGCAACAGCAGCUGACAAGUUCUGCUACGAGAAGCUCAACAUCGAGGGGACAGAAAAAGGCAACUGUGGGAAGGACAAGGACACCUGGGUCCAGUGUAACAAACAGGAUAUUCAUUGUGGCUAUCUGUUGUGCUCCAACAUCUCUCCUGCUCCUCGGCUCGGGGAGCUGCAGGGAGGACUCUCGUCUUUCUCUGUAGCCCAACACAGCGCCUCUCUGGACUGCAGCGGCGGCCAUGUGCUGAUUGAUGGAGACACUGACCUGGGAUAUGUGGAGGACGGGACGGCCUGUGGAACAGACAGCAUCUGCUUCAACCACAAGUGUCUCCCAGUUCAACAGUUCAACUUCAGCACCUGCCCUGGGACCACUGACAAGAGCAUCUGCUCCGGGAACGGGGUGUGCAGUAAUGAGCUGAAGUGUGUGUGUUACCUGGGCUGGGCAGGAGACGACUGCAGCUUCAGGUCUCCGUUCAGUAAUCUUGUAGUGGGACCAUCUUCCUCUGUUUCAGGCAUCACCAGCACCAACAUCAUCAUCGGGGCCAUCACCGGCUCCAUCCUCUUUCUCGCCUUGAUUCUGGCCGUCACGGCCUGGUGCUACAAGAGCUACAAAAAGAGGCGUUACGUUGAGUCUGAGGUUCACCGAAGAUUCUGCCGACAAAUCCCCCCAGGUGACUAUGUCACCAAGCCGGGGGACGCAGACUCUUUUUACAGUGACAUGCCUCCGGGCGUCAGCACCAACUCUGGCUGCAGCUCCAAGAAGAGGUCAGCCUGUCUGUCCCACCUGCAGAUUUGCACGCUGUCCUUCACUCCCUCCUUCCCAUCCAUUUCUCAGCACAUCUCAGUGUUUGGCUUCAGAUCUAACGGUCUGUCUCAUUCGUGGAGCGAGAGAAUCCCAGAUGCCAAACACAUCACUGACAUCUGUGAAAAUGGGAGGCCGCGAAGCAACUCGUGGCAAGGAAACCUGAGCGGUAAUCGGAAGAAGCUGAAAGGGAAGAAGUUCCGCGCUCGCUCCAACUCCACAGAGACGCUGUCCCCUGCCAAGUCUCCCACCUCCUCCACAGGAUCGAUUGCAUCCAGCAGGAGAUACCCGUACCCAAUGCCUCCGCUGCCAGACGACCAGAGGAAGGCCAACAGGCAGAGUGCCAGGCUGUGGGAGACGUCAAUAUAACCCCGAUCUCGUCCAGUCUGCAAAAGCCCCGAAAGAGUUACACUUCUCUUCUUUUCUAUGAAUGGAAAACACAAGAAAUGAAAUAAAAUGGACUCUUUAAAGCUACUAAAGAGAAAGCAUGAGGCCUCCCCACCCCUCCACUGGACAGGAAGUAGAGGUUUUGUUCGAUGGUACGAACACCUUCAACGUCGUCUCUUACAGACGGUGUCUCUACAGGAUGAUGAGGAGAAACCAGCUUGGCAUCAAUUUCAGAGCAUCUGGAGCUCAGUGAGAGCUGUUCCUUUCAGCUUAAGCUUCGUAAACAGGACUUGACCCCCCCCCCCCCCACCACCACCACCACCACCACCACUCUAAUGCCCCCCUACACACUCACUGUUACCAUUCUUUAGCUCGGCUUUUGGCCAACCAGAGGAGGCAGGAAGAGCCCGAUAGAUUUUUCCAGACAGAUUUAUGUUGGGUCACUUCUGAUGUGAAUCACUGAACGUCUACCACUGUAUGCAUGAGACAGCCCUGUUUACCAGCUACUUCCCCCUACUGAGAAAAGCAGCAGUGCGAUCUGAAAGAAUAGCAUGCGAGAGAGGAGCCAUUUUAUAUUUUAUGCAGGUUUAAAACCUCCUCUCCUCUGACAGUAACCCUUGCAUCGCCAUUUAUACUACAUAACUCUCAACUU